CAUCUCAUUAGCCGCCUAACCCCUUCCUACUUCGUAGACUAACUAACGCAAACCUAAACCGCAGAGGCGCAGAAGCUGAAGAAGCCUACUGCCGAAACCGAAUCGGAAAGAGAGUGCCGACUGCUGAGAACGCCGCCGGUAGAGAGACGCCGUUGCACCCUCCAGAGGUUCGCUUGAGUUGUUCAUUGGUAUUGCCCAUCUGCUUGAACUAAAAUUACUCCGCAACCAUGCCGAAGCAUUUCAGACCCGCGGGUAAGAAAAAGGAAGGAAAUGCAGCCCGAUACAUGACUAGAUCGCAAGCAGUGAAGUAUCUACAAGUCAGUAUAUCAAUGUUCAGGAAACUAUGCAUCCUCAAGGGUGUAUUUCCAAGAGAACCCAAAAAGAAGGUGAAGGGUAAUCAUCAGACCUAUUAUCACGUGAAAGAUAUCAUGUUCCUUAAAUAUGAGCCACUACUUGGGAAGUUCAGAGAAAUUCGUGCUUAUGAGAAGAAAGUAAAGAAGGCCGAGUCAAAAAAGAACAAGGAUCUUGCUGAACGUCUACUGAGCAGGAAACCUACCUAUACAUUGGAUAUGCUUAUCCGGGAGAGGUAUCCUAAAUUCAUUGAUGCGUUGAGGGAUCUGGAUGACUGUUUGAGCAUGGUGCAUCUCUUUGCUGCAUUGCCUGCUGUAGAAAGAGAAAAUAUUCCUGUAAGCCGCAUUCACAACUGUCGAAGGUUGAGUCAUGAGUGGCAGGCUUAUAUUUCUCGUACAUACAAACUGCGAAAAACAUUUAUAUCUGUCAAAGGAAUAUACUAUCAGGCUGAGGUUGAGGGACAAAAAGUCACAUGGUUAACACCUCAUGCACUGCAGCAAGUACUACCUGUUGAUGUUGAUUACAAAAUCAUGCUGACAUUCUUGGAGUUUUAUGAGACCCUCCUCGGUUUCGUCAAUUUUCAGCUUUAUCAUUCAAUAAAUGUGAAAUAUCCUCCCAUUCUUGAUGCACGGCUGGAAGCUUUAGCUGCUGAUCUCUAUGCAUUGUCAAGGGUUAUUGAUUCUAGAGCAUCAAUUAUGAAGUCUGAAGUCACUGAUCUGCCCGAGUCUGGACAGAGUGGAGAUCAGCAAGGAGCUGUUGAGGAGUCUGAAUUGAGGCUUGCACAGCUUCAACACCAGCUUCCUUCAAAUGAACCAGGUGCUUUAAUGCACCUUGUUGAAGAGGCUGCAAGAAGUGAUGAGGAUGAUGCCGAAACAAAGGAAUGCAAGACCCUUUUUAAGGGACUGAAAUUGUUCUUAAGUCGUGAGGUUCCUAGGGAGUCCCUGCUAUUUAUCAUCCCUGCAUUUGGUGGUGUUGUCUCGUGGGAGGGGGAAGGAGCCCCGUUCAAUGAAUCUGACCAGAGUAUUACUCAUCAGAUUGUUGACCGGCCAACACAGGGAAGGAGAUUUCUUUCUCGUGAAUAUGUUCAGCCCCAGUGGGUUUUUGAUUGCAUAAAUGCUCGCAUCAUAUUGCCAACUGAGGAUUACUUUGUCGGAAGGGUUCCUCCUCCGCACUUGUCUCCUUUUGUGGACAAUGAGGCAGAGGGCUACGUCCCUGAAUAUGCUGAGACCAUCAAACGGUUACAGGCUGCUGCCAAAAAAGUAGUUCUCCCAAUGCCGGGUGUCGACAUAGAUGAUUUGGACGAUCCAAAGAAUCUACUAGUUGAUGGUAUUGCUGACCGUGCAGAAGCCAUUGAAGCUGCUCAAAAAAAGCUAAAGAUGUCUGCACUAGAGAAACAGUUUCAUGAAGAAUUAAAAAGAGAGCUUCAAGAUUCUCAACCUUCAACAAUUUCAACUGAGGAAAAGGCCGUUUCGGAGGAUAAUAAUGCCAAUCAUGAACCAGUUCUUGAUUUGGAACAAUUUGCUAAGGAUGAUGAUAACAUGAUUAAGAUGGGGAUGACACGCAAGAAGAGGAAAAUCUUGGAGGCUGCAGAGAUUGGCAAGAAACGGCGCAAGGAUAAAGUUGCUCUUUUGGAAGAGAGGAAGAAAAAGCUUGAGAAUUCCAAGAAGUCAGGAGCCGUCUAAGGUCCUAAUGUCUUGUUUGGUGUGUGUUUUUCUCUGUUAUAUUAUAAUUUACUUGCGCGCAUUUUGACCAGUUCAAAAUUUUCAAAAUUUUUGCCAUUGUUUAAAACUAAACGCCAUAUUUAUGCAAUUUCUGAUCUUUUCUGUUAUGUUGUAAUCCUAAGCCUACAUUGGCAGCUAGCCUAUAACUUAAAGAGUCAUCUUCGCUUAAAAAAGCUUCCCGGUCGAUGUAACUUAUUUUAAAAGCUUGAGCUUUUUUAAUGAGCUUAACUAUCUACUGCUUUUUGCCCCGAG